AGAAAAUCGAGAAAAGUUGCAGUGCAAUAGUGAAAAAAGUGGAAAAAAAAGUUAUUAAACAUUAAAAAUUGCCUAGAAUUUGUUAAACACCUUAAAAAGUGUCUUAAAUAAUAACAAUUAACGAAUAAACUAAUUAAAAACAACUAAAAAUGUUUCGUACAGCAUUUGAUAAAAAUCUAGACACUGCCACCAGCCACUUGCAACUGGAGCCUCAAUGGCCCUCCAUAAUUUUGAUUUGCGAUGCCAUCAAUCAAAAGGACACCACUCCAAAGGCAGCCUUUAUGGCCAUUAAAAAGAAAAUGAACUCUACAAAUCCCCAUACGGCUUACUAUGCUCUAUUGGUUUUGGAGAGUGUUGUUAAGAACUGUGGUGCUCCCAUGCAUGAUGAGGUUUUCACCAAGGAAAAUUGCACCAUGUUUAGUCAAUUUUUGGAGUCAACCACCCACGAGAAUGUUCGUGGCAAAAUGUUGGAAUUGGUACAGACAUGGGCCUAUGCAUUCCGUAAUUCUGAUAAAUAUCAAGCGAUUAAGGAUACUAUGACCAUAUUAAAAACCAAAGGUCACCCCUUUCCCGAACUAAAAGAAGCCGAUGCCAUGUUCACCAUGGACACCGCACCCAACUGGUCGGAUGGUAAAAAAUGUCAUCGUUGUCGUGAUGAUUUUUCAUUCACUAAUCGCAAACAUCACUGCCGCAAUUGUGGUCAGGUGUUUUGCGGUCAAUGCACCAGUAAACAGUGUCCUUUACCUAAAUUUGGUAUUGAAAAAGAGGUACGUGUUUGUGAUGGUUGUUUUGUGCAAUUGCAACGUCCCACUACUGUUAAAGCGGCCACUGCACGCACAGCUGACAGUGAAUUGCCGGUGGAGUAUUUAAACAGUUCGUUGGCUCAGCAAGUGCAGACGCCUCCCCGUAAAACGGAGCAAGAAUUGAAAGAGGAAGAAGAACUACAAUUGGCUUUGGCAUUGAGUCAGUCCGAAGCAGAAAGUAAAAAACAACAGCAGCAACAACAACAACAUUCUUUAACGGCCUCGUCUUAUCGCUUGCCACAACGUACACCCAGUCCUGAAGCACCACCAGCACCCAAGGAACCACAACCCGAAGAAACGAAUCCCGAUUUGGCCAAAUAUUUAAAUCGUUCUUAUUGGGAGCAGCGCAAAGUUAGUGAAUCACCCAUGGCUAGUCCCUCGGCACCCAGUCCCAUGCCGCCAACACCACAACCCCAGCAGGGUCUACAGCAGCAGAUGUCAUUGAACGCCAAUGAUUUUCGACCCAAGUCAACGGAUGAACAAAAGAUUGAUGAAUUUGCUGCCAAUAUGAGGACUCAGGUGGAGAUAUUUGUGAAUCGCAUGAAAUCGAAUUCGAGUCGUGGUCGCAGCAUCUCCAAUGACAGUUCAGUGCAAACGCUAUUCAUGACCCUAACCGGCCUGCACUCCCAGCAGCUGUCCUACAUCAAGGAAUUGGAUGACAAGCGCAUGUGGUAUGAACAAUUGCAAGACAAAUUGGUGCAGAUCAAAGAUUCUCGUGCCGCAUUAGAUGAUUUACGCAACGAGCAUGCUGAUAAAUUACGACGCAUGGCCGAGGAACAGGAACGCCAGCGUCAAAUCCAGAUGGCCCAAAAACUGGAGAUAAUGCGCAAAAAGAAACAGGAAUAUUUACAAUAUCAACGACAAUUGGCUUUGCAUCGCAUUCAAGAGCAGGAGCGUGAAAUGCAAAUGCGCCAGGAACAGCAAAUGGCCCAAUAUCGCAUGAAUCAGACAGCAUUUCCUUUCAUGCCCAAUAUGGCGGGUAUGCCACCUCAAGGUUCACCUUUACCUCAAAUGCCUGGUGUCUAUAAUCCAUACUCGCCUAAUCCCACUACAGCAGGGGCCGGUGUUGUUGGUAUGCCGCCCUAUACCACACAGGCGGGCAUGACGGGUGUAUUGCCUGGCAUGUACUCUCAUGCUACUAUGCCUGGGCAGCCACAACAACCACCGCAAAUGAUGCUGCAACAACCACCAAUAAAUCAGCAGCAAAUGGGAAAUCCAAUGAAUAAUAUGAUGGCAAGAGCUCCACAAAUGACAGAUCAACAGCAGACAACUGUUACUCAGCACCAACAACCUCCUACUACACAACAACAGCAGCAGCAGCAACAACAACAACACCAACACAUGCCACCACAACAGCAACCACAAUUAGCCCAUGUAAUGUUGCAACAACAACAAACCAUUAUGCACGGACAAUCACCCAUACCCAACAUUGUUAGUCCCACAGCUGCACCACCACAACCGCCACCACAACAACAACAACAGGCCGCUCCUCCAGCACCGCAACAAAUACCACAAGCUCAACCAGCUGCUCCCUUACCCACACCACAGGCCUCAUCUCAAAUACAAGCUGUUCAAUCAGCUCCAGCUCCCCCACAAAAUGAUCCCGAACCAGCAGCUCCACCUGCAGUCGAAGAACCUGCUACCGCUGAAUUAAUAAGUUUCGAUUAAAUGCUUAAACUUUUGAAGUUUUACUAAUUUACACACACUGUUUUAUUUUUAUUAUUAAAUUCAGUUUGGUUUUUGUUUUCUUUUAUAUUUUUUUUUUUAUUAUCGCGUAUAUUUAUCAUUCCUUUUUUUAAAUAAACGAAUCGAAAUUAAGGAUAAUACAUUUUGUAUUUGAGAUAUUUCUGUAUUAUUAUUUUAUUUGUUCUUUAAAACUAUUACAAUUACAAUUAUUAUAUUAUUAAACAAGGAAAAUGCUAUAAAAAAACUAUAUACUAAAACAUAUUAUUGCAAUGGUUUUAUUAAAUAAAAUUUAUAUUACUCCUAUUAAAUAAAUAA